AAUAAUAUUUGCCAAUUCAGACUGGAGCAUCUUCUUAUAAAUUGAAGAGGGAGAGACCCUCUUGUUCUUUUGUAUCUGUUCUCAAGUUCUCUGGUGGUGGCAUUUCCAAGAUUACCAACCAAAAUGGAGAGUGGACUGAGGCCCAUGGAUGCUGAACAGCUGAGAGAGAAUGGUCAUAAGAUGGUGGAUUUCAUUGCAGAUUACUACAAAAGUAUUGAGAAUUUUCCAGUUCUCAGCCAAGUUGAGCCUGGUUAUCUUCGUGAACUUCUGCCAGAUUCCGCACCUAAUCAACCCGAAUCAUUGCAACAAGUCUUUGAUGACCUUCAAGCAAAGAUAUUACCUGGGGUAACGCACUGGCAAAGCCCAAACUUCUUUGCAUAUUAUCCUUCUAAUAGCAGUACAGCUGGAUUCCUAGGAGAAAUGCUUAGUGCCGGUCUCAACAUUGUGGGUUUUAGCUGGAUUACUUCUCCUGCGGCGACGGAACUUGAAAUGAUUGUGCUGGAUUGGCUUGCAAAAAUGCUUAAUCUACCAGAUGAUUUCCUUUCUGCAGGAAAUGGUGGUGGAGUGAUACAGGGCACUGCAAGUGAAGCCGUUCUGGUUGUAUUACUGGCUGCUCGUGAUAGGGUUUUAAGGACUGUUGGAAAAACUGCCCUUGAGAAGCUUGUGGUUUAUGGAUCUGAUCAAACACAUUCUGCUUUACAGAAAGCCUGCCAGAUAGGAGGAAUUCAUCCAGAGAACUGUAGGCUGCUGAAAGCCGACUCUUCUACUGGAUAUGCUCUUUCUCCUGAUUUACUUAGUGAAGCAGUUUCACAUGACAUCGCCAAUGGUCUAAUACCCUUUUUCUUAUGUGCUAAUGUUGGUACUACUUCAUCAACAGCUGUGGAUCCUUUGCUUGAACUGGGAAAGGUCACUAAGAGUAAUGGAAUAUGGUUUCAUGUGGAUGCUGCAUAUGCUGGAAGUGCUUGUGUGUGCCCUGAGUAUCGCCAUUACAUUGAUGGUGUUGAGGAAGCUGACUCAUUUAACAUGAAUGCGCAUAAAUGGUUCCUAACAAACUUCGAUUGUUCAGUGCUCUGGGUUAAGGAUAGAAAUGCUUUGGUUCAGGCCCUGUCAACUAAUCCAGUGUUUCUGAAAAACAAAGCCUCUGAUGCAAACAUGGUUGUGGAUUACAAAGAUUGGCAAGUCCCUCUUGGACGCCGAUUCAGGUCAUUAAAACUGUGGAUGGUAUUACGCUUAUACGGUGUGGAAAACCUUCAGCGUUACAUAAGAAACCAUAUCGAGUUGGCUAAGCAAUUUGAAGAACUUGUUGCUCAAGAUCCAAGAUUUGAGAUUGUUGCCCCUCGGAAAUUUGCUUUAGUUUGCUUUCGCCUUCUGCCUCCCCAUAGAAAUGAAGAUUUCAGCAACAAACUGAACCAUGACCUAUUAGAUACUGUAAACUCUACUGGGAAAGUCUACAUUUCUCACACUGCCUUAUCAGGUAAAUACACAUUAAGACUUGCAGUAGGUGCUCCCCUGACAGAAGAGAGGCAUGUAAAUGCAGCAUGGAAGGUUAUUCAAGAGAAGGCCUGUGUUCUUUUAUCAGAGUUUGGGAUGAAUGGAGUGAGUUAAAUCUUGCAGUGUCCCCCUUUGACUUAUUUCAUCUUUUAAGCAUUUUCCAUUUUGAAGUCAUCACAUUAUAAAAUUUCAGUGGUCCUUGUUGGAAAAAGAGUAUCUGAUUCCUAGUAUGAGAGAGGUGUUUGGUAAAACUCAAUAAAUAUUACUUAAGGACUUAAAUUGACUUUAAGUUAAAUUA